UGGUUUUACCAAUCAAUACGUUUCGACGCACCUAUAACACAUCCAAGUAUAACCUAUAAUAGCAACUAUAACAUCAGUCACACAUGUGCAACGUCUUUCUGUAGCCUACACCUCCACAUCUAUACUGUUCUGGUUUAACAUUAAUAAUGUUAUCGCCAACAUGAACUGCGUAAAGUUGAACCAACGCACCGCCAAGCUUCACCCAUGCAUAUAUCUGCCACAAGCUUCAUUAAGAACCAAAGCACUGUACGUAGUAGCCAGCAGGAUUGAGAUGUGUAUUCACCAGGCGUGGUAGCAGCUCAUUACCGAGCAUCGUGCGAGAUAUACUGUAGCACUUGAACUGGAUGAACUUGAUUAACUUUUGAUCGACUGAUGCUCAAAUGGACGACAACAUAGAUUGAAUCUGAUUCCGAAGCAUUGCUAUAAUUUUCAAAAAGUAAAUGUUUCCCGCGAAAAAAAAUUGCCAUAACUGUAAGGACGCUUGAAGAAUUCAAAUAUAAAUUCUCUAACAUAUAGUAAGUCGCAUAUGCGAAUGACAAGCGAACCAUCCAAGUAGGGUACUUAAAGGCAGGUACCAAUACUGUAAAUUAUACAUCAUGAGAAGACAAAGAAGAAGGAUCCUCGUAACGAUUGGCUGCUUUGUUGGUGCGAUUCUUUUUCUCAUGACUCUUGACUACCUUGGAAAGGGAGAUUUGGGAGAGGAAGACGGCGGCAACACUCUUUCUUCCAUCAGGCUUUUAUCCCUUUUCUUUAGCAGAAGAGAUCAUCCAGGAGUGUCCAAAGACAGCGAGAUAACAUGUUACUUCUUUCAGAGAUGGCGACCCGAAGAACCCCUGUCUCAGCCAGAACUUGACACCAGGCAAUGUCAGAAGCGAAUGCCACAUGGACUUGUUAUAGGAGUCAAGAAGGGUGGAACAACCGCCAUGGCAAGGUAUCUGGGCUUACACCCCAAGGUAUCUUUCUCCCGUUCAGUCCAACCUGGUCCGGACAUCACUGAGGCAACAAUGGCCGAGUGGAAGGAGACCUUCCGACUGACGUCCGCAUAUCAGAUGCCAGUCACAGGAUAUCCGGGUCUCUUCAGCGGCAUGCAGCCGCAACUGCUGCAGAUGUUGAGGAAAUAUCUUCCUGCGGACAUCAAGUUGAUCCUGAUGCUCCGGGAUCCAGUGGAACGGUUGGUGUCUGACUUUGUGCAUACGGCGACCAUUGCCGACCGCUACCAAGGAGAGGAGAGGAAGAAAUUUGAAGAACUUGAGGGGUUCAAAGGAACCCUUCACGCUACUGUGUUGGAUGAUCUCGGUCAUGUCAAUCCCUUCGCAUCAAUAGUCCGCCUAGGAAUGUACGCCAUUGACUUGAGGGCGCUAUACCAGCAGAUACCUGAGGAGAGAGUUCUAAUAGUCGACGGUAACGAGUUCAAGAAAGACCCAUUUCCGAUUUUGAUUCAAGUGGAACGUUUCCUAGAACUGCCCCCAUUUUUCAAGCGUGAUCACUUCCAGUACAACACGAACAAACAUUUUUAUUGCGCGAAUAUUGAAAGCAGGCCCGACGUCAAAUGUCUGAACUCACAGAAGGGCCGGAAGCACCCGAAGAUUUCCGAUGCAGUCAUCGAGAAGUUGUACGACUUCUACCGUCCCCGCAAUCAGGAACUUAAAAGUGAUUUCGGUUUGAACUUUUCCUGGAUAGACCUCUGAUGGCAAUGUUGUUUUUAGUGUUCGAGUCACGCUAUACCAUGUAUACAGUAGUGCAUCAACUGCAGACUAACCCGUUGGAUACUAACACGUGCUUUUCAUAGACUAAAUCUCCAACGGUCUACAUGGUUUAAUACAUGCUGCAGGAAUUGAUCCAAUAUAUGCCAAAGGGUUAUGCUAGCCCCCCCCCCCUCAAAAAAGGAAGAUAAACAUGAAUAAGUAAAUAAAAGAAUAAACAAAUAAUUUUAUCUUAACAUUUUAAAAAGACAAGUAAAACAAAUUAUUAUAACCGUUUGCACUGAAUUAUUCCGUAAAGAAAGUAACAAAAAAUAAUAUUAAUUCAGAAAAGAAUACUAAUUAUUACUUCUUUCAUCAUCUUUCUCUCUUUUCUCCCCUCGAUCCUCGGGGGGGGGGGGGUCGUUCCAUAAAACUUGUUACAAUAAUAACUUGUAAUUUUAGUGAAAAGCUAUUGAAAUCCUUUAAUCCGAUUGACCGAUAGUAAUUCAGUUAUAGAAAUUGUGUAAUUGUAAUUAUAACCAGUUUCUUUUUUGAAACGAGGCCCUGUACGUUACACUCUUGACAAAGUUAUAUUUGAAUAGGUAGUCUCUAGAUUCCGAGGAUUCAAAAAAGAUUUAGAUAUAAACCUUGUGGAUUUUAAUAUAAAAUCUUUUCAGAUUUAAAAGCCAAUCCUUUAGAUUGAAAAUAAAUCCAAUAUUCGGCUAGUCAUUAUUCACGGCUGGUUUUGAUUUGUUUUAAUUUCUAUUUUUCAAUCGACAAUUAAUUGAAAAAUAACAUUUAUUCGUUUAAAUGACAGCACAUGUAAAUCUUUUUGCCAAGAAUUCUCUAUUGUCUUUUUUUAUGUACGUAAAUGACUAAGUGUAGUAUUUAAAGUUGCAUACUAUAUAUUUGAUUUUUUGAAUUACUUAAAAAACGUACGUUACUUUAAUUUUGUUAUUUGCUCAUGAGAGCAUAUCAAACGUCAUUAAAAUCAUUAUGGAUUUAAGCUUUUUUUUACAUUUAUGUUUUUUUCUAUUACAGA